CGACUCUGGUCAGGUCCGAGGACAACUCCGUCAUCAAAGCGAUCCAGUCAAGGUCAUCGCGGGCCCUUCCACUAUCACCAAUGCUGUGAAAAUCGAGUACCUGGUACCUGAGCACAGUAACGAAUCGCUCGACAAGCUGGUUUACCUUCGUCGAUGCCAGAGGAUGGCGAUCUUUCCGGCACUAGCAGAAACAAGAAGCGCCCCUGCCUUCGCAUGGGCCUUGUCCAUCCUUGCCCUUCCUCAACCAGAAUUGGCGCGCAGUUCCUCAUGUUGCGCACCCACGCUGGCCAUCACAGAACCACCUUCCAGCACUGUCCUCACCUCGCAUCAUUGUCUCAUGUGCGAGAAAACAACUAGAUACUUCUUCGGCAGCAUUCAGAGCAAACGCAGAGACGCAAUCUCAAGUCUUGUCACGGCCACAAUGACGGACUGAUCACCCGAAUCACAGAGCCGGAUGAAUCCUCCGACAAGACUACGACGGGGAAGUUCUAUGGAAGCAGAGACGAUCGUACCCUCUUACCUCUCCUUUCAC